AUGUUAUCUAUGAAGCGUAAAUAUGAAGAGGAGAAUCGAGCUUUUAAUACAGACUGGGAGGAAGAAUUCCUUUUUGUAGAAAGAAACGAUAAGCCAAUGUGUCUUUUAUGUCAAGUAACUUUGUCACAGUUUAAGGCUAGUAAUCUAAAACGCCAUCAUGACAGUAACCACAGUGGUUUUAAUAAAGAUUUUCCUGUUGGCUCUCAGUUAAGGAAAACCAAACUGAAAUCACUUAAAGAAAAACUUCAUGGUCAGAGUAGAGUUAUGUCAAUGUUUACCAAGGAAGCAGAUUUAACAACUGAGCUGUACAAGCUUUAUCUUGGCUUUUAA